AUGUCUGCUUCUCUUAAAGAAACCUUUGCAAGGUGCAAAAAAGAAGGUCGUAAUGCCCUUGUCAACUUCAUUACCGCUGGUUAUCCAACCAUCGAAGACACCUUACCUAUCUUGAAAGGUAUGCAAGAUGGUGGAGUCGACAUCAUCGAGUUAGGAAUCCCAUUUUCUGAUCCAAUCGCCGAUGGCCCAACCAUCCAAGCUGCUAAUAACGUGGCCUUAGAUAAUGGUAUUACCGUAAGCAAGUGUUUAGACUUGGUGUCCCAAGCUAGAGCUGAAGGUGUCACCGUUCCAAUCAUCUUGAUGGGUUACUACAAUCCGAUUUUAAAGUAUGGGGAACAAAAGAUGAUCGAAGACUCUGCCAAGGCAGGUGCUAACGGUUACAUUGUUGUCGACUUACCACCUGAAGAAGCCUUAAAGUUCAGAGGUUUGUGUACCCACUACGGCUUAAGUUACGUUCCAUUAGUUGCACCUGCCACCACUGACGAAAGAUUAAAGGUGCUUGGUAGUAUCUCUGAUUCUUUCAUUUAUGUUGUUUCUAGAAUGGGUACUACUGGUGCUACUACUAGUGUCACUGAUAAUAUCACUGAUUUAUGUACUAGAGUACGUAAAUUUGUUGGUAAAGAUACUCCUUUGGCCGUUGGUUUCGGUGUCCUGACAAGAGAACAUUUCCUUAUGGUGGGGAAGUCUGCUGAUGGUGUUGUCAUUGGAAGUAAGAUUAUUAACUUGUUGGGUGAAAGUGCACCUGGUGAAAGAGGUGAAGUCACCAAGAACUACGUCAAGUCUAUUUUAGGUGAAUACCAGCCAACUACCACUCCAAAAACCUUCACUCGUCCAGUUACUUCUACUUCAUCUAUUGAGUCUUCUUCUGCUCAAACCGAUUUUAAUGAAGUCCACAAAUUUUCUCCAAGAUUUGGUGAAUUUGGUGGUCAAUACGUUCCGGAAGCUUUGCACACUUGUCUUGCUGAAUUAGAAAGAGCUUAUGAAUCUGCAGUUGCAGACCCAGCCUUUUGGGAAGAGUUUAGAGCCUUGUACAGUUACAUUGGUAGACCAUCCUCCUUGCACAAAGCUGAUAGAUUAACUGAGUACGCUGGUGGUGCUCAAAUCUGGUUAAAGAGAGAAGAUUUGAACCACACUGGUUCUCACAAGAUUAACAAUGGGUUAGCUCAAGUUUUAAUCGCCAAGAGAUUAGGUAAGAAGAAGAUUAUUGCUGAAACUGGUGCUGGUCAGCAUGGUGUCGCAACUGCAACUGCAUGUGCCAAGUUCGGUAUGGAAUGUACCGUUUUUAUGGGUGCAGAAGAUUGCCGUAGACAGGCUUUAAACGUUUUCAGGAUGAAGAUCUUAGGAGCCAAGGUUGUUCCAGUCACUGCUGGUACUAUGACUUUGAGGGAUGCUACCAGUGAAGCUUUUAGAUUCUGGGUCUCUAAUUUAGAGUCAACUCAUUACGUUGUCGGAUCUGCAAUUGGACCACAUCCUUACCCAACCUUAGUUAGAACUUUCCAAAGUGUUAUUGGGCAAGAAACCAAAGAGCAAUUCAAGAAGUUGAAUGAAGGUAGAUUACCAAAUUGUGUCGUUGCCUGUGUAGGUGGUGGUUCUAAUGCUACCGGUAUGUUUUCGCCAUUUGAGAAGGAUACUGAGGUUAAGAUGUUGGGUGUUGAAGCUGGUGGUGAUGGUUUAGAUACUGAACGUCACUCGGCUACCUUAACUGCCGGUAUCCCUGGUGUUUUCCAUGGUGUUAAAACUUUUGUCUUGCAAGAUGACGAUGGUCAAGUCCAUGACACACACUCAGUCUCUGCUGGUUUGGAUUACCCAGGUGUUGGUCCAGAAUUGGCUUACUGGAAACUGACUGGUAGAGCUGAAUUUAUUGCAGCAACUGAUGCUCAAGCCUUACAGGGCUUCAAGUUAUUAUCCCAGUUAGAAGGUAUUAUUCCAGCAUUGGAAUCUUCCCAUGCCGUUUUCGGUGGUGUUGAAAGAGCCAAGACUAUGUCUAAGGAUGAGCACUUGGUUAUUAACAUUUCAGGAAGAGGUGAUAAGGAUGUUCAAAGUGUUGCUGAAAUUUUACCAAAGCUCGGUGAACAAAUUGGUUGGGAUUUAAGAUUUGAAGAGGAUCCAACCAAAUAG